UAAUUGAUUCUGAGAAGACAUGGCGAAAUUUGGGUUGCUUGGAAACAAAUACUGGAUUUUGAGACAUGGUAAAAGCAUUCCAAACGAGAAAGGACUCAUCGUUUGUUCUUUGGAAAAUUGGGUUCUUCCGGAAUAUCAAUUAGCUGAUGAAGGUGUUAACCAAGCAAGAUCAGCAGGUGAAUCAUUCCAAAAGGUAUUAAAGGAAAUCAAUAUACCUAUUGAAAAUGUUAGGAUUUGUUUCUCUCCAUUUUCAAGAACAAGACACACUGCUCAAGUUGCUGCUUCUGUUCUCAAUAUUUCGGUCGAAGGUUCUCAGUGUAAGGUGAUGGAAGAACUUCGGGAGCGUUUCAUUGGACCUUCAUUUGAACUUCAAUCACAUGAAAGAUACGCGGAGAUAUGGGACCAUGAUGAGAAGGGCCCGUUGAUGAAGCCUGAAGAAGGUGGAGAAAGUGUAGCAGAUGUUGCUUCCAGACUUGCUACUGCUGUAGAAACCAUCGACAAAGAUUUUCAAGGGUGUGCGGUAUUGAUUGUCAGUCAUGGGGAUCCACUGCAAAUUCUGCAAACAAUAAUCGGUGCAACUGAGAAAGCACCUGGCGAGGAUUUCAGGACUAGAGUGGAUGCGGUUAAAGUAGCUUCCAUCUUGUCACAGCACCGGAAAUUUGCCUUACAUACUGGAGAACUCCGUCAGCUCGUUUAAAUAAUAGCCGUCAUUUAGCGAAUAAGUUAUCUUAGAUCAAGUUGAUUGUUAGUUUGAGCUGGCUGAUUAAUUGCAACUGCAAAGUGACAGGCGAUAAUUAAUGUAACUUUAGAUAACAGUUUUUGAGGGUUA